AUGCGUUCCAUCAAUUGCUUAUCUCAUCUGUCGCUUAUUGCCGGGUUGGCCGCCUGUGUUAAUGGAGACAUUACCGCAUCAGGCUCAAAUUUCUCAUUGAGUGGUGCUGGUGUCUCAUACCGCUUCCAUGUAGAUCCUCGCUCUGGUGAUCUGAUCUCUGACCAUUUUGGCGGACCAAUCGACGACUUCACCGACCCAGCGACGAUAUCUAACAGCGGCUGGUCAACUGGUCUAGACAAUGUUGGCACACCUGGCUUGACCAAUAUUCGUCGCGAGUUCCCGGACAUUGGUCGUAGCGACUUUCGCCUUCCAGCUAUCCAUAUCAGUCAUGCUAAUGGCGAUACUGUCUCUGCCUUUACUUACCAAAGUCAUGAAGUUGUACAAGGCAAACCAUCACUAAUCGGCCUUCCGGCAACAUUCGGCAAGGAGGGAGAAGUCACCACCUUGAUCGUCAGACUAUACGACAACUACUCCGAUGUCUCCGCUGCACUGUCAUACUCGGUCUUUCCCGAGUAUAAUGCGAUCGCCAGAAGUUUCCAAAUUACCAAUAACGGCACCAACAACAUCUCUAUUGAGCGGGCGGCGAGUUUCAGCACUGACUUGCCCAAUCUUGAUCUUAAGAUGCUCGAGUUGCAGGGGGACUGGUCGCACGAAGCCAACAGGGUCAUCAGAAAUGUCGACUUUGGUGAGACGGGCUUCAGAAGUACCGAAGGUUACUCGUCUCAUGUGCAUAACCCAUUCUUCGCCCUCCACGAUCCUACCACGACUGAGACUACUGGUGAAGCUUGGGGUUUCAAUCUUGUAUAUACUGGUAGUUUUGCUGCCACAGCUGAGAGGUUCUCACAUGGCUUUGUACGCGUCUUGCUCGGCUUAAACCCUCUCCAUGCUAGCAUCCCCGUCGGACCCGGCCGUACAUUCCAGUCUCCGGAGGCUGUUGCUGUGUACUCGUCUCAUGGUCUCGGAGGCAUGUCAAGAUCCUUCCACGAUCUUUAUCGCAAACAUCUCUCCAGAUCCAACCACACAUUCGAGACAAGACCGAUUCUGUUGAACUCCUGGGAGGGUCUGGGAGCCAACAUCAACGAAUCUUCGCUUGAGAAUCUCGCUCAGGAGACCGCCGAGCUUGGAAUUAAGCUAUUUGUCAUGGACGAUGGAUGGUUCGGUACUGCACCCUACGCCCGCACCAACGAUACUGCUGGCCUCGGAGACUGGACACCCAACCCUGCUCGCUUCCCCAACGGUCUUGGUCCCUAUGUUGACACUGUUGAUAGCUAUUCCGUUGCAAACUCAACCAACGAUCUCGCCUUUGGUAUUUGGAUCGAGCCUGAAAUGGUCAAUCCAAACUCUACUCUGUAUCACGAACAUCCUGAGUGGGUCAUGCAUGCUGGUAACCACGUUCGUACACUUACUCGCACGCAAUUGGUUCUGAAUCUUGGUCUCCCCGAAGUUCAGGACUAUAUCAUCAACGCCAUCUCUAACAUCAUCGAUUCUGCCAACAUAUCGUACAUCAAGUGGGACAACAACAGAGGUAUUCACGAGAUGUCUUCUCCCGCUGCCGAUUAUGCAUAUACUCUUGGGAUGUACCGCGUCAUGGACAACCUUACUGGCUCGUAUCCUGAGAUCCUUUGGGAAGGCUGUGCCUCUGGCGGUGGUCGCUUUGACGCUGGUAUCCUUCACUACUACCCUCAAUCUUGGACUUCCGACAACACCGAUGCCUCUGAUCGUCUGACAAUCCAGCUCGGAACAUCCCUUGCCUACCCUCUAUCAUCAAUGGCUUGUCACGUCUCGAAAGUGCCCAAUGGUUUGAAUAUGCGCAACAUCUCCAUCGAGUACCGCGCUCACGUCGCCCUGAUGUGUGGCUCUUUCGGCUUCGAACUCAACCCUUCUGAACUCAGCGAUGAGGAACGUUCCGCCAUUCCCUCAAUUCUCUCGACUUGGGAGAAGAUCAAUCCUAUCGUCAUCUCUGGCUCGUUUUACCGUAUCGCAUGGCCUGGAGACACCAACUGGCCUGCUGUACAAUUCGUCUCCGAGGAUACGAAUACAGCUGCUGUGUUCGCGUUCCAGCAAGGAGCCAUCAUUAAGCCUGCUGCGCCUCCGUUGAGGAUGCAAGGACUGAAUGCGACAGCGAGGUAUACGAGUAAUGCGUUCAAUGGCACAUUAUCUGGAAACACUUUGAUGAACGGCGGCUUGAAUCUGCCGUGGAAGUUGGCCGAUUACCAGAGCAUGUUGGUUUGGUUGUACAAGGAGUAG